CGUCAGGACUACCGGCUGUCCCAGUGCGGUCUUGGGAGAAGUGUCCGCAAUGCGAGUCUGUCGGAAUAGAUAAGGUUCCCGCUCGGGUUAGUUAUUCUCUGUGGGACCAAGAGCAACAGUUGCGCUCUUGGUGUUUUCGGCCUGGGAAAUGGUUCGAACGUCGAUUUUUCAUGUCUUCUGCACUAUUAAGAGGAUAAUGGGGAAGAAUUGUAGCCGCUUUUUCGAAAAGAGGAACAAGUAUAAGCGUGUGAAAGCCUCAGCAUUCUCACACAGCAUGGAUCUGCGCACAAUGACACAGUCGCUGGUGACGCUCGCAGAAGACAACGUGGCCUUCUUCUCAAGCCAGGGCCCCGGAGAGACGGCUCGGCGGCUGUCCAAUGUCUUUGCAGGUGUUCGAGAACAGGCCCUAGGACUGGAGCCAACCCUAGGCCAGCUGCUGGGUGUGGCACACCAUUUUGACCUGGACACAGAGACACCAGCCAAUGGAUACCGAAGCUUGGUGCACACAGCUCGUUGCUGCCUAGCACACCUACUACACAAAUCCCGCUAUGUGGCCUCCAACCGCCGAAGUAUCUUUUUCCGUGCCAGCCACAACCUAGCAGAAAUGGAGGCCUACCUGGCUGCUCUUACCCAGCUCCGUGCCCUAUCCUACUAUGCCCAGCGCCUGCUGGCUAUCAACCGACCAGGGGUGCUCUUCUUUGAGGGUGAUGAAGGACUCACUGCUGACUUCCUGCAAGAGUAUGUCACACUGCAUAAAGGCUGUUUCUAUGGCCGCUGCCUGGGCUUCCAGUUCACGCCUGCCAUCCGGCCGUUCCUGCAGACCCUCUCCAUCGGACUGGUGUCCUUCGGGGAACACUACAAACGCAACGAGACAGGCCUCAGUGUGACUGCCAGUUCCCUCUUCACCGGUGGCCGAUUCGCCAUAGACCCAGAGUUGCGUGGGGCUGAGUUUGAACGGAUCAUUCAGAACCUGGACGUGCACUUCUGGAAAGCCUUCUGGAACAUCACUGAGAUCGAGGUGUUGUCGUCCCUGGCUAACAUGGCAUCAACCACUGUGAGGGUAAGCCGCCUGCUCAGCCUGCCACCCGAGGCCUUUGAGAUGCCACUAACCUCUGACCCCAAGCUCACAGUUACCAUCUCACCUCCCUUGGCACACACAGGCCCAGGGCCUGUGCUAGCCAGGCUCAUCUCCUAUGAUCUGCGUGAAGGACAGGACAGCAAGGCACUCAACAGCCUGGUGAAAUCUGAGGGCCCACGCCUGGAACUGCGCCCACGACCCCAGCAGGCACCCCGCUCACGGGCCCUAGUAAUCCACAUCCAUGGUGGCGGCUUUGUGGCACAGACCUCCAAGUCACAUGAGCCCUACCUCAAGACCUGGGCCCAGGAGCUAGGAGUUCCCAUCAUCUCCAUCGACUACUCCCUGGCCCCUGAGGCCCCCUUCCCCAGAGCGCUGGAGGAGUGUUUUUUUGCCUACUGCUGGGCUGUCAAGCACUGUGACCUGCUCGGAUCAACAGGGGAGCGGAUAUGCCUUGCAGGGGAUAGUGCAGGCGGGAACCUCUGCAUCACUGUGUCCCUUCGAGCAGCAGCCUACGGAGUGAGGGUGCCAGAUGGCAUCAUGGCAGCCUACCCAGUCACCACCCUGCAACCCUCUGUCUCUCCCUCUCGUCUUCUGAGCCUCAUGGACCCACUUCUACCAUUGAGUGUACUCUCUAAGUGUGUCAGUGCCUAUUCAGGGACAGAGACAGAGGACCACUCAGACUCAGACCAGAAGGCACUGGGCGUGAUGGGGCUGGUACAGAGAGACACAUCCCUAUUCUUCAGAGACCUCCGCCUGGGUGCCUCCUCGUGGCUCAACUCCUUCCUGGAGCUAAGCGGACGCAAGCCCCAAAAGACCACAGCUCCCACAGCAGAGGCUGUGCGCCCCCCGGAGUCAAUGCGCAGGAGUGUGUCUGAGGCAGCUCUGGCCCAGCCAGAGGGCUUGCUGAACACUGAUAGCCUGAAAACUCUGACCAUAACGGACUUGAGCUUUAAGGGCAAUUCAGAGACGUCAGACAACCCCGAGAUGUCGCUGUCAAUGGAGACACUUGGCCCCUCCACACCCUCCGAUGUCAACUUUUUUCUGCGACCUGAGAAUUCCCAGGAAGAGGCUGAAGCCAAAGAUGAUGUGGGCACCAUAGACAGAGGCCCCCGCGUGCGCGCUGCGUUCCCUGAGGGUUUCCGCCCCAGACGCUCAAGCCAGGGUAUCCUCCGCAUGCCCCUCUACUCGUCACCCAUCGUCAAGAACCCCUUCAUGUCUCCUCUGCUGGCCCCUGACAGCAUGCUGAAGACCCUGCCUCCUGUGCACAUGGUGGCGUGCUCUUUGGACCCCAUGCUGGACGACUCUGUCAUGUUCGCGCGCCGACUGCGCGACCUGGGCCAGCCCGUGACGCUGAAUGUGGUAGAGGACCUGCCGCAUGGCUUCCUGAGCCUAGCGGCGCUAUGCCGCGAGACCCGGCAGGCUGCGGAGCUGUGCGUGCAGCGCAUACGGCUCGUCCUCACCCCGCCAUCCACACCGCUGAUCUGAGCCGGAACUGGGGACGGCGGGGGGCGGCACUAAAGACCUCUUGCUCCUAUCUGUGCGGGCCUCCGUGAUGAGUGCACUCCGGGACCGGCUCUAGGUCCAUCCGGCCCCUCGGUCGGACUGGGCGGGAAGGGGUGGGCUGUGCCUUAUAAUUUGAGACCGUAAGUGGGGCGGGGCAGGAAUCGAAAGCAGAGCCUGGGGGAGGGGGAUGCACACACACCUGUCACCGAGACAGCUGGACCUUCAAUUCACUCCACCACUGCCUUCUACUGCUGCUGUGACCGGCCACAGCUAGUCGGUUUUGUCUUUUGUAAAUAAAAGUUAUUUAAUUAGUUAGGCCUUUUUUAAAAACAGGAAAUGUGUUUGGCCAACAGGUGGCAGCACUGGGUUCAAGCAGCUGAGAAAGGGGAAACUAGAAUAUGUGGAACCCUACUCUAGCUUUGCUCACAACCAAAACCACCUAAGAUGCCUGGGAUCAUCCUUAAAGCCUCGGAGGCCUAGCCCCUGGUAGGCUCUGGGUUUAGCGAGACAAUUCAAACACAAGGCUUGCCCCUGGGGCUACUGAUCCAAGGUUCAGGGAGUCUGUGCAAUGGUGGUUAGCAGUUUCACAGAAGAGAUGGCCUUGACCUUAAGAGAGCACAGG